UGGCUCAAGCCGCCGCGAAGGCCAGGGCGGCGCCUCGGCGCCGCGGGCGAUUGCCGGGGCGCGAGAAUGGAGUCGAGGCGCCAGCUGAUCCUGACAAGCAACGGGCUGACGUCGGACCCGCUGAAGGAGGAGUUCCGCCGCAUGCUCGGGGAGACGCCCAGGGUGAAGAACGUGUGGCGGAUAUUCCCACUGCUCCCCUGCGGGAUGGGAUGGGCCAGUCCUUCGUGGACAGGCAGGUCGACAGCAUCAAAAGGGAGUUCAACCUUGGGGAAGUCAAGGCGAUCGACCCAGAGUACGUAACAGGCGAUGACCUUGCAGAAGCCCUUGCGAGCCUCGGCAGCGUGGACGUUAUUUGGGCCGAGAUGGGCAACACAUACGCGUUACGGCACCACUUGCGAGAGUCUGGCGGUGAUGUGCACGUGCAUCGGGCGAUCGGCGCCGGUGCAGUCUACGUGGGCAGCAGCGCUGGGUCCAUUGUUGCAGGCAGGACGGUGCAGACGGCGUUCUGGAAGAAUUGGGAUGACAGGACAGCGGAGGGAACGAUCGAUGUUGAUUGGGAUGACCCCGACACUGCAUCUGGCCUCGACAUUGCUGGCGGGCGAAGCAUCUUUCCUCACGCGAGCGGACCGUAUGCCCUCAAGGCCUGGCAGGACGCGCAGGCCAAAAAGUACGGCCACGAUGACCAUGAGGUGAUCCGGCUACCUGACGGCGAGGGGUACGUCCUCGACGGGGACAAAGCGUACCAAGUAGGAGCGUCUUCAUGCAGUGCUUCGUAAUGCCGCGUCCUGGAGAUCGUCGUCGCCAUCGUCCUCGCCGUAAGUGUCGUCGUCACCGAGC